UUAUCUGUAAACGGUACAGUCCAAAGUAUUUUAUGAGUUGAUUUAAGCCACCAGCUGAAGGGGUGUAAUUUAAGGAAUAAAGAUUUCUCAAGAAAAGUUAUAUUAAAGUGAUCAAGAUGGCUACGUUUUCUCAAACAACUCUGGGAAAAGGCUCUGAUUUAUUUACAGACUUUUGUUGUUCGCCGUGUCUAGAGCACAAAAUUGACCAGUGGGCCGAGUUUUACUGUGAUAACUGUCUUAAAUUUUAUUGUGCAAAAUGUACAAACUUGCAUGGUCAGUUGUUUGGAAAACAUGUGACAUAUGGAAGGGGAGACACAAGUAAGUGGCCAGUGUCCAAGGAAGUGGAGGAUUUCAUUCAGAAAUGUGACCUUCAUGAAGACAAACGGCUAGAGAUGUUUUGUAAUGACCACAAUCAGCUGUGCUGCACUAAUUGUGCUUUCCUCAAUCACAGACAAUGUGCUAAAGUAGUGCUUAUAUCUGAGUCAGUGAAAGGACCUUUGCCAGACUUGCAGCAACUAUCAAGAAAGAUUCAAACUGUUCUUGUAGAACUAAAAAAACUUCAGAAUUAUUGGGACACCAAUAUGCAGUCUUUGCAGGUUUCGUACAACAAACAAUUACAUGAAAUAGGUCAAACACGCCAGAAAAUAAAUACAAUUUUAGACGAGAUUGAAAAUACAACAUUGAAAGAGCUAGAAGAUAAGAUGACGACUCUGAAAGCUUCGGUCAACACUAAUGUGGACAAUUGCAGCAAGCUUCAAAAUGAACUGACACGACUCAGAGACACAAUACAUGACAUUGUUGAUAAGGGUAAAGCAGAACUCUCGUUUAUUGCAAGUAAAAAAUGUCUGGAAAAAAUUAAUCAGUCUGAAACAUAUCUGAAAGAGAACUUAGUUCAGGUAGAAAGUUCACUGACAUUCCAUGUUGACAGUGAUUUUCAACAGCACUUGUCUAAAUUGUCAGGUCUGGGGAGGAUUGUGGUAUGUACAUGUACUCAGGCUGUGCCUCUGCCUGGUGCCCCGAACAAGGUAUUGGCUGUGCAAGGAAAGUCAGAGUAUGAUGUGAGCAUAGCAAGUGAUGUAAAGAAUAGAUUUGAUAUAAGAGCCAUCUGUGUUCUCUCAAAUGAUCAGAUCCUUGUUGCAGAUUAUACUAAUAAAAGAGUUAAGCUACUUGAUCAUCAAUACCAGGUUGUGGGACAUUGUGAUUUAAAUGCUUAUCAAUUUGACAUGUGUCGUAUCACCUCAAGUGAAGUAGCUGUUGCUGUGGAUGUCGAUCAGAAAAAUGAGGUUCAGUUUGUCUCUGUGAAUGACGGGAGGCUGGUUAAGGGCAGGAAGUUACGGUUUAAACAUCCAUGUUAUGGUAUUGCUCACAAUCUGCAAUACCUGUAUCUCACUUCUGGUACUGCACUUUACAAGUAUUCAAUGAGUGGAGACCUGCUUAUCAAGCUGUAUGAGAAUAAAUCAUACCCGUUGACAGUAAAUAAGUGUGCAGUGAGUCCGUCAGGUGACAAGAUAUUUGUCACCAACUAUUCCCACAGCAAGGUUCUCACCCUGGACAGAGAUGGCACAGUUUUCCACACCUUUACCGACCCAGACCUGAAAGUCCCAGAAGGUAUACAUAUGACUGCCCUGGGACAGGUGCUGGUCUGUGGAGAGGCAUCCAGCACUAUCCUACAGCUUGAUGGUGAAGGCAAGAAGAAGCUGGCAACUCUUGCUACCAGGAGGGAUGGACUUGAUCGCCCACUGUCAGUCUCCUACAACAGGAACACAGCAUCCAUCAUUGUGGGUCAAACAUGUGUCACAAACAUUCUUGUAAUUAAAUUAAAAUAGUUUUGUUUCACAAGAUUCUGUACAUACAUUUUAGAAAAUGUACUUGCAACAUGAAUGCUUGGCAACACCGAACUUUAAUUAAGUGUUCUGUUUCAUCUCAUGAUUCACCUCGUUGAGUUAUUUUGUUCCUCAAUAAUGUAAGAUCAUGAAUAGGUUUAUAAAGUACUUUCAUCAUAAAAAAUCAUGGCAUCAAGGAUAUUUAAUUAGGUGUUAUGCUUAAUUGUAUAAUUCACCCUGGAUGAUAUAUUAUGUUGUCACACUCUUUUAAAGCAAGCUACCAACUGUUCCAAGGAAUCAACUGAAACGCUGUGAUGAUUAUUUUUCAUUUGAAUUGUAUAUAGUCUGCGUAUUUGUAUGAUCUUUGUCUAUAUCUUGGAAAUGAGGAAUAUGUAUAUAUGUGACUUACUUGUUGUCAUUUGUGAUGCUCUACAAUAUGUUUGUGUGAUUGCUAUGCAAAGUAAAAUGAACAAUGGGAUGCAGAUGAGGAGAGAAGGUUUUACAUUUUCAUUUUAUUCUCUGUCAGCAUUUGUUUUGUUUUAAGAAAUGUUUUGUUUCAUAGAGUAACAAUUGAUAUUUUAAUUGUACAGAUUUCUUCCAUUGAUGUUUUUAGAUUUUAUUUUUGUUGAUGAGAAUUGUACAUGUAAUUAAUGUAUGUCAAACGUGUUAUUUGACGUUACCUUUCACUAUAUCGUCUGUUUAGCGCAACACUGUUCGAACUCAAUUUCACAAAAGUUUUUAGGAAAUAGAAAAAAUUUGGUAUUAUGUUGCUUCUUUAGAUAUGCCAUAUGUUUUUUUCUUAAAAUAUUCUAAUUUUGAAGUACUAUAUUAAAUAUAUCUGAAUUAUAACAUACGAUAAAUUGUAAAAGAGAUAUUAAGCAUUAUUGAAGUUAGAACAGUUUUCCCACUAAAAACAUAGUUUAUUUGCUUUUUUAUUUGGGGGAACACUGUUCUUACUCAAGUUAGAACAGUAUUGCACCUAAGAAUUAUUGUUGUUUGCUCAAAUUAAAUGUGUGCAACACUGUU